CUCUGUCCUCGAGCUUCAAUUGUUCUCUCCUAGGCUCGGCCUCCCCUGUUUUUUUCAAACUGAUCGUGUGCGCCAAACUUCGCUCCUCCCAAUCGGCGCACCAUGGAUUUCGAUAAUCUCAAAAGCCAGGUCAGCAACCUGACCUUGUACGAUCUCAAGGCGGGAGUGCGCAAGGUCCAGAAUGCCGUCAUGAAUUACACUGAGAUGGAGUCCAAGGUCCGAGAAGCUACAAAUAAUGAGCCUUGGGGUGCCUCCACAACGCUGAUGCAGGAAAUUGCUACUGGGACUCAUCACUACCAACUACUUAACGAGAUCAUGCCUAUGAUCUACAAGCGAUUUACGGACAAGACAUCAGAAGAAUGGCGGCAAAUCUAUAAGGGUCUCCAACUUCUCGAAUUCCUCAUUAAGAACGGAUCGGAGCGUGUUGUCGACGAUGCCAGAUCCCACCUGUCCCUCAUCCGCAUGCUCCGCCAAUUCCAUUACAUCGACCCGAAUGGCAAGGAUCAGGGAAUCAACGUGCGAAACCGUGCGCAGGAGUUGGUCAAGCUGCUUGGUGACGUCGAAAUGAUCCGUGCCGAAAGAAAGAAGGCUAGGGCUAAUCGCAACAAAUUCCGUGGAUUUGAGGGCGGAGCCGGAGUUGGAGGUGGAAUCGGCGGCGGGAUCGGAAGCUCGGGGGGGAGUCGCUAUGGAGGCUUCGGCAGCGAGAGCCUCUCCUUUGGCGGAUAUAGCGGAGGUGUCUACGGGGACGGCGGUGGCUUUGGAGGCGCAACCGGGGACUUUGAAGAUUCCGGACGACGCUCCAAUCGAUUUGACGAAUAUGACGAGUACGAUGAGGCGGACGCUGCUCCUGCCCGGAGACGUGCCACCAGCCCUCCCCGUGCCCAACGGGAAGCCAAGAAACCCGAGGUCCCGAAGGCGCCUGAGCCAGACCUACUCGAUAUCCUCGAUGAUGAACCCACCGCUGCCGCACCGGCCCCUGCACAAACUAGCUCCUCCGUUGCCGCCGGGAAGCAGCCCGCAAGCAGCAAUGGCCUUAAUAUGCUCGACCCUGCGCCGGCCGAUGAUGACGAUGACUUCGAUGAUUUCCAGUCAGCCCCCCAGGCAGCUCCCUCAUCCAAUACAUUUGGUAUCCCACCACCUGCUUCAACCGUCAGCACGAAUUCCACCACGCAGUUUGCUGCCCCACGGCCCGUGUCGGGAACACAAGGGUCCAACUUGGAUGGCAUUGUUGGAUUCACUUCUAUGACACCAACACCAACCUCGAGUGGAUUCACAUCCCCUACCCUUUCUACUCAAACCUCGAGGCCUGCCGCGCAGCCCGCCGCGCAGUCCAAACCUUCUGGGUACCAGGCGGCAACCCCCAACUACUUCACCUCUGUUGCCACCCAGCAAGCACCGUCUUUAGGCCACCGACCAGCAAUGCCAUCCACUUCAUCUUUCUCAUCUGCCACUAGCCCUGCCACCCCAUCCGCAGGAAGCAAGCCUGCGGCAUCAAAGCCUUCCGGCGAUGCAUUUGGAUCCCUGUGGUCGACAGCCAGCGCCAGUGCAGGAAUUCAGAAAUCCUCAUCCAACGCCAGCAAAGGGCCGAACUUGGCAAGCAUGGCGAAGGAGAAGGCAAGCGCAGGUAUCUGGGGUGCGCCGUCCUCUGGGCUUUCCUCCCCAGCGCCCUCCCAACAGUCAUCGCAGCAAGCACCGAAAACAGGGAGCUCCGGGCUGGAUGACUUGUUGGGGUAGAUGUUUUUUUUUUUUUUUCUUUUUUUCCCUCUUUCUUUCCCCAUCUAGUUUUCUUUUCUAAACUCGCAUUCUGCGGAUUAUUGGGCAAUGCUACUUUGUUGUGCAAAAUUUUUGAUUCUUUGUGAGUAUGUUGCUGGAAAUAAAACUCGCUCGUCUAUUUUCUCAAUCAACGAUGCUGCGGACACUGUCAUUCCCAAGCUCCUGGACUUCUAUAUGUUGAUUUCAGCCCUGUUUCGCCUUCCUCAGUGCCGCACUGUUUAUUUUGCUACUGUUUAUCUCGGACUUAGCGAUCUCGAUACGCCGGCACGUAAAUUCCCGGUGAACCAAAAUCUUUCACUUCUCUAUUCCUCAACUAACUAACUAUCCUCCUAUCAUGUCCAAGUACUUCAGGGUGACUGGUGACUGGUUUCACUUGCUCGGCAGUAAAUAAAACAUUCCCUCCUAUA